AUGUGUCUCAAUCUGUCGUAUCUGUGAAAUCUGCUCAUUUGGUAUUUAACUUAAAAUACCUAUUGUUCUUUGUUUUAUCAUUCCUAUAAUGAGUAAGAUUUUAGUGAAGGAUUUUGAUUUUUUAAACAGAUUUUGAUAUCUUUCCAUAAAAGUAUGGGAGUAUUUCACAAAGAACCUGCUUUUUUAAAUAUUCUGCCAUACUUUUUGCAUUUGUAUUCUUGGAUAUCAGCCAUAAUUACUCUCUAAUGUGAAAUUGAUUAGAAGUGAUUGUGGUCUGACUUCUGAGGUGAAAAGAUUAUCAGGAGCACGAAGAACAUGUUUAUUUUCUUUCAUUAUAAAUGAGUGUUGACUGGUUUUUGCGUAUAAAAACCCUGUUAGCUGCUUUUUCCAUGUUUUACUUACAGCUAAAGGGAAGGCUUUAAUCACCUGCAACCAUUAUGAACACAAGUACUACCUUUAGACAGAUAAUCCAUUUUGCAGAGGAUCAGAAGCUGGUAUAAAAAAAAACUUGUGUGUUUACCUGGUGGUGUUAAAGUCCACUAGAUAAUUCAGCAGGCAUGAUCAUUCCAUGGCCUAUUUCUGAUAAUGCUCUCUAUUUCUCACUUGUAAACCUCUCUGGAAUACUCAGACUUGGAAAAAAAAUGGUCUUUCAACAUCUUGUAAUACUGGAAAAAGUGACAGCUUGAGUUAGCAAUCUUAAUUUGUGGGAUUCUCCUCACACUUUUCAUAGCCCAGAGGAUUCUUCUCCCAUACCCUACUUUCUCCUUUUUCACACCUCAGUAGUGUUGUUGAUCUCCUGCUAUCUAAUUAUUAUUUUAUCAUUUAUUUAGUUCCAACAAUAUCCUCCGCACUGUACAAUGUGCAGAAAUAAAGAUCAUCACUGCUUCAAAGAAUUACAGGUCAGAAGAUAUUCUCAGAGGACAGGGUCACUGGAUAUAUACACUGGUUGGGAUAUAUUAGACUCUACAAGAGGCUAUUAGACUUUGAUGGGCUUAAGACUUAAGUUUAACAUUACUGUUUAUCUGUUAGUAUAGUAAUCUAUUCACUCAAAAAGACAUCAGAAGUUCUGAACAUAAAGAGCCUCUAACAUUUACAUCUACAGUUUUUGCAAGUUUAAUUACUUGCUGCCAAUGCUCAAAUUACAUGCAGGGCUGGGGAUGGCUGAAGUCUCCCACAGGUCCAGCAACACACCAAUUUUCUAAGACCUGUACAUGUACAGUGCCUAGCACAGGGGGACCCCUAAUCUCAGUUGGCAUAUCUAGGGACUAUUAUAAGACAAACAGCAGCAGUAAUGCCGUAUAGAGAUUAAUGGAAACACUUAAAGCCUCUUAGAGUCAAUCCUUCCCUGUCCUUUGUGCCCACAAAACAAAUGGAGUUCCACUAGACUGUGCAGCAGGAGGAGAGGGGGCAGGGUUCUGGUAGCCUACAAGGCACCACAGAGCUCAACUCCAGAGCCUCUGUGAAUUAAAUAUUAAUCACAGGACAGGAAGCAGCAGAGCUGGUGAAUCUGCCACUGUACAGAACCACCAGUUAUUCUUUACCAUGUGGAAGAGAUAAAUAGCCACUGAGCAACUCAACCCUUCAGGAUGAUCUCCAUCCCAGAGGAGCUCCGUAACACAACUGCCCAGGUUGUGUGCUGGGACCAGGAUUUAGGCUUUAAGCAGUUGUUACCUCUUGUUUCAAUCUACCUCCAGAGUGAGGAAGAUACAUUUACAUUUAUAUUCUCUCCACGUUCAGAAGGUUCUCAUUACAAGGUUAAGGGCUAAAAACUUGCUUUUUCUAAAUGAAACUUAAAUUUUCCAGAAACUCCUGGAUAAGCCCCUUCCCACCAACCCACUUAUUUCCUGGUCACUUUAAAAUAUUGACGUGCACUAAGUUGGGAACGUUUUUUUCAUGGUUACAAUUAUAUUUGUGUUACAUACAUUAAGAAGGAAAAAUUCAAAAGUAUACCUUCCUAAUUUGAUCAUUACUUGCUAUUGAAUUAGAUUGAAGCUGCUAACAACCUUGAGGGUUUUUUGGUUUUAAGCUUAGGUGUUCCUCUCAAAGAAAGGCAGAAGUAAAUUGCUUGUUUUCUCAUAUGUAUGCGAUUGAUUGUGUCACUUUAUACAUGCUGUGAUUAAGCAGUUUUAAAAUAGGUGCUUAAUAUUUUACAAUAGGAUUAGUUGAUCAUGUGCUGGUUUAAUCUGUUGUCCAGUCUAGUAAAACUCAGUAAAUAGAUAGCCAUGUUGUAGAUUUGAGAGAGUAAUAGUAGAUCAAGGAAGGGAAAACUUUUUUCAUAUUAUUGAAUUGAGAAAUAUACAACUUGCUAUUCUAGUUAUGUGGGGAAACAAAUUAGAUUUACCUGGUUAAGAAGCUUUUAUGUGGAAAUAUUGAACUGCUUAGAAUUUUUCAGAAGCAGGAAAUUUAAAAUCUAGCUGUUUUCUGAAUUUUACUUCUGGAAUUAGUUUUAUUAGAAAUCUUCACUUUCUAACUUGCAAACAGCAAUUACCUAUGACUGUCUUUUAUCAUUAAGGUUUUUAAGAAAAAGAAAACUGGUGAAGGGAUGGGAAGGCUCGCAGAUGGGUCAGGGGCUGUGGAGAGUGGCUAGGAACCAGCAGCUGCAACACCAAGGAUACAGUGGGCAAGGCUAUCUCACCAGAGAGAAUGGUAGAAGAUUAGCUACUAACAGCAUUUCAAACACAAGCCAUCGUAAACAAGCCCAAGGAGGAAUUGACAUCUAUCAUCUGUUGAAAACAAGAAAAUCUAAAGAACAAGAAGGAUUCAUUAACCUGGAAAUGCUGCCCCCUGAGCUUAGUUUUACCAUUUUGUCAUAUCUGAAUGCAACUGACCUCUGCCUGGCUUCUUGUGUCUGGCAGGAUCUUGCUAAUGAUGAGCUUCUCUGGCAAGGGUUGUGCAAAUCCACCUGGGGACACUGCUCUAUAUACAAUAAGAAUCCACCUCUAGGGUUUUCUUUUAGAAGAUUGUAUAUGCAGCUGGAUGAGGGCAGUCUUACCUUUAAUGCCAACCCUGAUGAGGGAGUUAACUACUUUAUGUCCAAGGGUAUACUGGAUGAUUCACCAAAGGAAAUAGCUAAGUUUAUCUUUUGUACAAGAACACUAAAUUGGAAGAAACUGAGGAUCUAUCUUGAUGAAAGGAGAGAUGUUUUGGAUGACCUUGUGACACUGCACAACUUCAGAAAUCAGUUCUUGCCAAAUGCACUGAGAGAGUUUUUCAGGCACAUUCAUGCCCCUGAGGAGCGUGGGGAGUAUCUUGAGACUCUUAUAACAAAGUUCUCACACAGAUUCUGUGCUUGUAAUCCUGAUUUGAUGAGAGAACUUGGCCUUAGCCCUGAUGCAGUUUAUGUACUAUGCUACUCUUUGAUUCUGCUUUCCAUUGAUCUUACCAGCCCUCAUGUGAAGAACAAAAUGUCAAAGAGAGAAUUUAUCCGAAACACACGACGUGCUGCUCAGAACAUUAGUGAAGAUUUUGUAGGGCACCUUUAUGACAACAUCUACCUUAUUGGCCACGUGGCUGCCUAAAAGCACAAUUUGCUAGGACUAAGAAUUAGUAGUUUACAAAAACUAAAGCUACCCAAGGAGUUAAUUAUUUUGUAGAUAUGGGGGUUAUAUUAGUGCUGGUCAUUCUAACCUCUGUAUACAAUCACAAUGUGUGUUGUAUGUACUACCUUUUUUAGAAAUUUACCAUGGGAACGGAAGGAUUUUGGUGAAUUUUUUCUUAAUUUUGUUUAUGUUUUGCACAAAGCAGUGCCAUUAGUCUGACACAGCCAUUUAUGAAUGUUAAACUGACAUUACAAUCUAAAGCUGACAAGAUGGUGGAUUUGUGCAUUAGAUUUGCUUGAAAACUUUAACCAGUUCCAUUAUUUUUUAAAAUACCAUGUAAUGUGUACAUAUUUAACUAAAGAGAUUUAUAAUCAUAAUUAUUUUAUUGUAAAAUAUUUUAACUAAAGUUUUUCCUUUUUCUCUCUUAAAAA